AUGUCCUCGGCCGACGCUGACCAAGAGCUCGCCGAUCUGCCCGAGGACUUGCUCAGCGGCAGCAUCUACCCUCUUCUGCCGGCGUACUCGCUACGAGCGGCCGCAGCAACGAGCAAUAGUUGGCGCCGCGCGCUCAUUCAGGCACCGGCCGCAGUGCGCCGCCGAGCCUCGUGGCGGCAUGGGUGGACUGAGACCGGCGCCGGCGCCUCGCGCCAUCCUGUCGAUUUUGCGGUGUGCGCCGCCGACGGCUCUUGGCACCCGGGCGGCGCCGCUCUCGCAUCCUCGCUCCACUUCUCGGUCGGAGAGGACGUCGGCUUCCGGCUGAUCAUCGAGGAGGCUCUGGCCGCGAACUAG